AUGAAGGCGUUCAUCGUGGUUGCCCUGCUGGCCAUCUGCACUGUGGCCUAUUGCGAGGAAGAAGUCGCCGAGGCUGUGGCUGUUGCUGAGAACCCCGCCGAGGAAGUGGCCGAAGAUGCCGUGAGGGAGGUGCGCUCCUACGGACACCAGGGUGGACACCAGUACGGACAUGGCCACCAAGGUGGACACCAUUACGGACACCACCAGCAGCACCACCACCAGCAGCACCACGGAUAUGGCAAGCACGAGAGCAAGGGCCAUUACGGACAUCAUGAGGGACAUCACGAACAUCAUGGCUACAAGCACCAGCACCACGGUUACCGCGCUGCUGCCUCAGCUGAUGCUGCCGAUGAAGCCCCUGCCAUGGCCGAAGCCCCCGCCCAGCAGCAGAGUCAGAACGCUCCUCUUGUCGGUUCCACUUAUGGCCAUCACGGUGGUCAUCACGCCCAUCACGGUUAUGAACACCACGAAAAGCACCAUGGCGGACACCACCACGGCUAUGGACAUCAUGAGAAGCACCACGGCUAUGGCCACCACGAGAAGCACCACGGCUAUGGUCAUCACGAGAAACACCACGGCUAUGGCCAUCACGAGAAGCACCAUGGCGGACACCAUCACGGCCACGGCUAUGGACACGGACACUUGGGCAACACCAAGCACUACACCUACGUCUCUCACGCUCCUCAUGUGCCAUGCGGUCACAACUUGGUCUUCGGAUGCCACCCCAGCGUCGCGAAAGCCCCGUGCUCUGCCCACCACGGCCACCACUACGGCCACCAUUACUAAA